AUGUUUCUACUUCAUUUGUUGUUCUUAUUGCUCCAAACAGUGUUAGUAGUUGAAGCAAAGACUCAUACAUUCAACUGGAACAUCUCAUUUGUGGAUGCCAAUCCAGAUGGACUUUUCCCAAGGAAGAUGAUUGGGAUCAAUAAUGAAUGGCCCAACCCUACUAUUAGAAUAGGUAAAAAUGAUCGAAUCAUUAUUAAUUUAACUAAUAAUUUACCAAAUCAAAAUACUUCAUUACAUUUCCAUGGAUUAUUUCAACGUGAUUCCAAUACCCAAGAUGGUCCUGAAUAUGUAACUCAAUGUCCUAUUGCUCCCGGGGUUACUUUUACUUAUGAUUUUAAUGUUGGUAAUCAAACUGGUACUUAUUGGUAUCAUUCACAUACUGGUUCUCAAUAUGGUGAUGGAUUAAGGGGAUUAUUUAUUAUUGAAGAUGAUGAAUAUCCAUUUGAAUUUGAUGAAGAAGUAACUUUAUCUGUUGGGGAUCAUUAUCAUUUGGAAUCCCCGCAAAUUAUGAAAAAUUUUAUGAGCAGAUUUAAUCCUACUGGUGCUGAACCUAUCCCACAAAAUGGAUUAUUUAAUGAAACUAAAAAUGUCACAUGGAAUGUCAAACCAGAUACUACUUAUUUAUUAAGAGUGGUUAACAUGGGAUUGUUUGUUUCUCAUUAUGUAUAUAUUGAAGAUCAUACAUUAACUAUUGUUGAAAUCGAUGGGGUUAAAGUUAAACCAAUUGAAGUCGAUUCAUUAUAUUUGACAGCAGCUCAAAGAUAUGUUGUAUUGGUAAAAACCAAAUCUAAUACCAAGAAGAACUACCGAUUUGUUAAUGUGUUGGAUCAGGAAAUGUUGGAUUUCUUACCUCCUGAUUUGCAUAUUGUAUCCACAAAUUGGAUGGUUUAUGAUGAAAAGAACCAAUUACCUGAACAUCUACCAUAUAAAAAGUUUGAAGAAGCUAUCAAUCCUUUGAAAGGGUUUAAUGAUUUUGAUUUUAAAACUUUGAAAAAUACAAAGUUGUAUCCUGAUCCGGACUAUACCAUUCAAGUAAAUUUCUCGAUGGAUGUAUUAGGUGAUGGUGUUACAUAUGCCACAUUCAAUGGGAAGUCGUUUACUCCAGCAAAAGUUCCAACAUUGUAUACUGUGUUGUCCAGUGAUGAUAACGUAACUACAAAUGAGUUGAUUUAUGGUACAAAUACAAACUCAUUUGUAUUACAAGAUGACGAAAUUGUUGAGAUUGUUUUAAAUAACUUGGAUACUGGUAAGCAUCCGUUCCAUUUACAUGGACAUACAUUUCAAUUGCUUUCUAGAUUUAAUUCUGAUGAUGAAGAUAACCUGUUGAUUUUUGAUCCUGAAAAUCCUGAAUAUACCAACUAUCCAGAAUAUCCAAUGAUGAGAGAUACCGUUGAAGUUCAACCAAAUGGAUUUAUAGUAAUUCGUUUUAAAGCCAACAAUCCUGGGGUGUGGUUUUUCCAUUGUCACGUUGAUUGGCAUUUAGAACAAGGGUUGGCAUUGUUAUUAGUUGAAAACCCAUUAGAGAUUAAAGCUAGAAACAAAGGCAUCCCACAGAAUCAUAUUGAUGCAUGUAAUGCUAUUGGUAUGCCCUACAAGGGAAAUGCUGCUGGUAAUCUUGACUUUUUAAAUUUGCAUGGAGAAAAUGUUCAACCUGAACCAUUACCUGCUGGUUUUACAUCAAAGGGAUAUUUUGCCAUGGCUGCAUGUACAUUACUUGCAAUUUACGGAUUAUGGUCAAUUUAUAAUUAUGGUAUGGAAGAUGUCAGUAAAGACAACUCUGAAGCAGUUAUUGGAAAGCUUUAUAAAAUAUUAGACGAAUAUGGUAGAUGA